ACGUGUUAUCCGAGUUCAGCUUUCGAUAAUACACCACGUGUAACCAGGAAUCGCUGAAUUGGGAUUGAUCGCGGAACCCUAUUCCGAAUCGCAGCCGAUCAAGCUCUCAAUGGUUAUGGAAGAACUAUUUGACUAUGAAUUCGUUGAUGCGGUCGACGACUUCCCCUCCCCCGAUUGCGUUGGCGCCGAUCAAUUAGAGGAAUCAACCUCGGACUCUUCUCUCUCCCUGCCUGAACCUGAGAAGGAUGUGUCCUCGCUGGAGAUUCCGUCUUCCACUCCAUCCCUCCGCCGCCGAUCAAUUUCUCGCCGAAUCUCCGGAGAAGAAUUUGGGGAUUCGAAUUUCCCAGAUUCCUCCUCCGUCUACUCUAGUGUUACUCAAGUCCUUGACUCGAAAGCGAGAAGGUAUAAGUCGCAUCGUCAACUGAAGGAAAAUGAGAAGAAUUUGGAGAAAUCUAAACCGACGCAUACUCCUCCCGAGCUGGAGGAGUCCGUGGACAUACUCGGAGAUUGGUAUGAUGUGAAGGAAGAGAAGGAGGUAUCAACGGUGACGACGAAGUCUGAUGACCGAUUUGGUGACUCUGUAGAUUCGGUGGAGCAACCCCGUGAGUCGUCCUCGUCAAGCUUUCUUGUUAUUGUUGCUGGCUUGGUAAUAAAGGCAAUAGCUUUCCAAAUUAAUUUAUUGAUCAACUUCUUUACAUUCCCUUUUUGGGCAUUAUAUUGCCUCUUCAUGUUUAUGCUUGAUCCUUUUGGAGCUUUGAGGCGGGGGAGAGAUUAUGUGACGGGAAAAUUGAAGAAUUUGUUGACCCACAUUUGGGGGAUUGUGACUAGAGUGACGAGUGAGUGGUUAAUGGAGCACAAAUCAAUGUGGACGCUUUUUUUGAGAUUCUUGUGGGGAUUGUUAUGGUCUAUAUAUGUUGGUCUUGCCUUGUUCAGUUUAUUGAUGUUUUCAGUGGCAAUUAGUGGGUUUCUGGUGAGAAAUUUAGUGGAGGAGCCAGUAGAGAUUAAGGAGAAUUUGAAUUUUGAUUACACUAAGAAUAGUCCAGUGGCUUUGGUACCAAUAUGGUCUUGCAAUGCUGUUGGUUGUGGUGUGAAUUGUAAAGAGAAUGUUAAUGUUGGGCAGAGCAAGGGUACGCGGCUUAUCCCAGUCAAUCAUAAGUUGCAGGUUAUUAUUUCCUUAACUAUGCCAGAGUCAGACUACAACAGAAAUCUUGGAGUUUUCCAGGUUAGAGUGGACUUCCUUUCUGCUAAUGGUGAAACCUUUGCUAGUUCAAGCCAUCCUUGCAUGUUAAAGUUCAAAAGUGAGCCCAUACGCCUUUUGUUGACAUUUUUUAACAUUGUUCCACUAGUUGCUGGCCGCAUAUCAGAAUCCCAAACUAUGAAUUUAAAGAUAAGAGGUUAUACCGAAGGAGAUGUACCCACUGCCUGCUUAAAAGUGAUACUUGAACAGCGAGCUGAGUUCAAGCCUGGGGCUGGUAUUCCUGAAAUUUAUGAUGCAUCCUUGGUGCUAGAGUCUGAACUCCCUCUAUUGAAAAGGAUUGUAUGGAUGUGGAGGAAGACUAUAUUUAUAUGGAGUUGCAUAAUGUUGUUUAUGAUGGAGUUGCUCUUUACACUAGUUUGUUGUAGACCUCUAAUUGUCCCGAGACCAAGGCGAACGGGUGGGUCUCCUGGCAAUGGUAAUGUUAGACAAAGUAGUCUUCAACAGCAAGGUAGUUGAAGCUAUCUUCUGCAUUUUUGAAGAUUGCUUCAGAAAUGAAGAUUCAACCCCCAUCACCUGUAGUCCAUGCUGUCCUAUGUGUUCAAUAUUCGGUAUUCCUCAACUUCUCACCAUUCUUUUUUCAAAAAAGUUGUUUUGGUCACCACGUACAUGUAAACUACACUGGCCAGACAAACUAUCUGUUGAAAAGAGUGUGUAUUCAAAUGUUCAUUAUAUAAUUUAUAUUUCAGUUCCCGUGUUCUUCA